GAUAUGUGACAAGGAUAUAUUCCACAUCUACAUGGUCUAUGGAGACACGGGCCCAGCAAAUCCGAAGUAGGGCCGGGUCGGGAGCGGCGUGAGCUAAGACGUCAUUCGCCGUGGCCAAACCGCGCCACGGAGCAUCUACACUACCACCUUACCUAAGGAAGAUGUUGACGCUGGACUAUACCGCGAUGAUGGCUGGCGACUCUCGACUUUUCCUGUGACCGCCAAGUUGAUGCAGCAACUGGCGUUGGCGGUAUCAGUCUGAGCAGCAGCCCUUGCGGAGCCCACCACAACACCCCAACAUCAUACAUGGCCUCCUCCGAUCUCUCGUCAACCUCGCCGGCUCGCCUUGCCCUGCAGCACUUCACAUCACAAUGGUUCCUGAUACCGCAAGGUACGGGCAUCACGGCGGUGAUCCUGCACCAACUAGACUACCAGUUCCGCGGCCUCCAGAUCGUCUCGUACGUCUUCUGGAUCAUGACCAUCGUGCUGCUGCUGUGCAUGGUUCUCGUGUAUAUCGUGCGCUGCAUCCGCUUCCCGCGGCAGCUCGCCGGCGCUCUGCGCCAUGACAUAGGCGAGCUGGCGUGCCUGACCAGCAUCGUCAUCUCGUUCACGUCCAUCAUCCAGAUGACGUCCCUGGUGCUGGUGCCGGGGCGGGGAAGCAGCAAGGGCUGGGGUGUGGCCGUGUAUGUGCUCUGGUGGAUCAACGCCGCGCUGGCGACCGUGGGCGCGAUCGGCGUGCCCUUCGUCUUCGUCCGCCUCUAUCCCGGCGGCAUCCCGCACCUGUCGCCGGCGUCGCAGCUGCCGCUCAUCGCCGCCCUGACGGCGGCGGCCGGCGGCGGCACCCUCUGCCAGUCGGCCGGGCUCAGCGCGGCGCUGCAGGUUCCCGUCAUCGUCGUGUCCUAUCUCCUGGUCGGCAUGGGCCUGCCGCUGGCGUUUGCGCUCGACGUGCUGUUCUGGGCGAGGCUGCUGGACAGAUCGCUGCCGAAUCGCCAGCAUGUGUACCAGGACAUGAUCCUCUGCGGGCCGUGGGGCCAGGGCAGCUUUGCGCUGCAGGGGCUGGGCGCCGCGGUGCUGCGUGGCAGCUUUGCGAGCUAUGCGCGCAGCACCUUCAUCACGGCCGAGGCUGCGAAGCCGGUCGGCUAUGUGAGCAUCUUCGCGGGGCUCCUGGCCUGGGGCACCGGCACGUUCUGGUGGAUAUUUGCGAUUGUUAGCAUCCUGCAUGCUGCGACCGAUCAUUGGCGGUUCAGAGUGCUGCCGUUUGACUUGUCCACCUGGGCGGUAGUCUUUCCAUGGGGAGUGUAUACAAAUGCGGCGGUGCAGCUGGGUAAGCUCCUCGAUUCGGCUGCGUUCAAGGUCUGGUCGACGGCGUUAGCGGUCAUGUUGGUCGCCAUAUGGCUGUUGAAUAUGGUCUUGACAAUCAGGGGAGUGGUGACGGGCUCCCUUUUCGGUUUAGAGCACGGUUGGCGAAGCGGUGCUGCUCAUGGUGGGAAACAAGAUGCCGAGCGGGGAGAGGCGAGACCGAGAACCGGAAAGGUCAAGCAAUGA